UUCACUGCAAUAGCAGCAGUUCUACAGCGUUGCAUUUUACAGGAUCAUGUCACUAGUUCUCCUUCAGCUGUUAGUGCUCUCAUAUCUUGGAGCCACACAGCCACAGGGAAAUUCACCGCAAAGGAAAAGCAGAAGGCCAUUCCAGCACCUUUUCUAUUCGGACAAAAAUCUGCUUGAAAGUCAGAGUUUUCAUGAGCUAGCAGGGGAAAACCCAGUACGUGUUCAGAAAACCCUCGGACAACCAAGCUUUUUUGUAGCAAUUCCACAAACGGCAUCUGAAAGUGAGAAGCAGGAGGAGAAAAAAAUGUCCAGAUUCAUCCUUCCUAAUGCAGAAACCCACGCAGACCAAGAUAUGGGAAACCGGGCAGCAUCGAAUCCUGUGGAAAACUUCUCUUCAUCCCAUUAUUCCAGCAAGAGGGAGUCUGAACCUCCCUAUAGAAAAGAUGCCAAGAAAUUUUGGGACCACUUCAUGUUAAAGAAAAAUUCAGGAUCUGAAGAGGUUGUCUUGCCAAUCAAAAGCAAUGAAAUGUACCAAGAGAACUGCAGAACCCUGCCUUUUUCCCAGGGUGUUACUCAUGAGAGCUGUGAGAGGGUAACGGUUCAGAAUAAUCUAUGUUUUGGAAAAUGUAGUUCCUUUCAUGUUCCUGGCCCAGAAGAUCGUCUUUAUACCUUUUGUUCUCAUUGCUUGCCCAACAAGUUCUCCAUGAAGUACCUGGAACUCAACUGUACCAGUUCUGUCCCAGUGGUCAAAGAAGUCAUGAUUGUAGAAGAGUGUAAAUGUGAGACUCAGAAGAUUGAAGACUCUGCAAUUGGGCCUCUACUGUCAGACUUGUAUGCACAUGUACAUAAACAGAAUUAACCUGUGCAAAGUACAUCUUCACUCCUUGAUCAUAAGAAUUUGCCAAUAAAAUAACGCCAAAAACUAAAGCUUUAUUCACACUGGUAUAUAAAAAGAUUAAAGAGGUAGCCUUUCUACUUGAACUGCUUCUCUGCUUCAACAAUAACUCUACUUAAAAUGUAACAGAUGUUUCCUUGCAGCUGUUAAAAAAAAGUGGAAAUGAGACUACUGGCUUUACAUGUAGAGUUCUCUGUAGUCAUGUUUCUAGCACAGACGAGGCUUUAGUCUCUUCCUUGCAUAAACAGGUCUACUUUUACAUUGAGAUAGUGGCUGGGCACUGUGAAAUACAAAUGGACGUAAGGCAGAUAGAAAGCCGUGACUAGUUAAGGUAAUUCUGAUUGCUCUCAGCUGGGGUUUACUUCCCAGUGAAAACUAAUACACAUCACAAUUUACACACUUAGUGGUUCCAAAAGAUAUUUUGCCAUAGAAACCACUUAGCCUCCCACUGCACAGCUGCAUUUGCUCUGCAUGCUUUUUUACUGGAAAUGUUACAUAGUAGAAGGGGAAAACAU